AUGCUGGAGAUCCUGUGCGAGGAGUUUUCGAAGCGUCUGUCAAAUAACAUCGGAGAUCCGAGCGCGGAAAAACGUAGCAAAACGAUCGCUACGCUGACGAGGUUGUUAGCCGAGUCUAAACGUUAUUUGUAUCCCGAUAAAUUUCCCUCUGACUUACUUUUCUCCACGAAUCAGCCAAUCUGUUGCAACCCCCGAAUCCUCCGACGAAUCUUGCCCCUGAGCAGCUACAAUCUGAUUGCGCCCCUACUGGGAUUGCCGGAAUGCCAUGCGAAAAGGGAAUCCCGGUACGAGGAAGUUGUUCCAGUUUACUACGUCUUUUUAAAGAUAACUUCUUUUAUAAUUAUCAAGGUGCAUCCACCGACACCGAGAGACAUCGAAUCGGCCACUGACAAGGCGAAACUGGGUCAACGUAGAUACAAUCCUUACGCUCUAUUUCUGAGGAAACCAAGACGCAAGGUUAUUACAUGGCGGCCAUUGACGGAGGAAGACCUCGAGGGCUACGAUCCGAACGCCACGUUGAAAAUGAGGGCCGAGAACGUGAUGCAGAAGAUAUUCUCAGAUUUUUGCGAAUGGGUCGAAAAUUUGGGGGGAACGAACAAAACUAUCGAUGAAGAGGUUCUCAGGGAUAUGUUCGACAUCGACUUCGAUGCGGAGGCUUGCAAAGCGAUGCAGGUAUUGAUUCAAGAAAUGCCUGUGGUGCCUACGCCGGUGGCUAUAACAAGGAACUCCCUCGGUGCGAGUAAGCUCGCCAUGACGAGGAAACACGUUAUGAAAGAUGCCAAAGCGGAGCAAAAACCGGCGAAAAUAAAAGCCUUUGGGACCAGUAUACCUUGGCAGCUCCGAUUUGUACCACCUAAUAAUCAAGUCGAGAGAAAGUGGCUGCGUUGCGACAACGUUCCGAAGGAUCUCGAAACGAUGGACGUGGUUUGGAAGGGCAUAACUCAUCUGAGAAGCGUGAGAGGAUUCGUCGAUUGGCUGAAGGAACAUCCAGAGGUUCCUCAGCCAGAAGCUUUGAAGAAAAUCGUAUCAGUGGAUGCUAUAACUCUGAGGCAGAUAGAGGACGAAGAGGCGUUCGCGCAUCUCGAGCUGGAUAUUGAUCAAAUUAAGAGCUUCAGAGUGCAACACAGCGUUGAUGUAUCCAUCUGA